AUGACUGGUAAAACAUCCAUUGAAGCAAAUAACACAAAUCAUAUCUCUACGGGCAAUCUUUCACUGCCGUAUCUGCAAACAAAUUUUAAGUGUUAUGAUUCAAAUUCAUUACUUUUCAAUUUAUCUUCAAGUCGGAAUGUUAAAACGUCUGGUUCAUAUGGAACAGGUUCCACUGUCACAGACCCAUACUGUAUCGCUAGAUUGGAGCUACCACAAUUAUCAUGUGAGAAUUCUGUUAUAUUACCUAACCAGCCUCAUCAUUUCAGUCAACAAGCACUCCUCAUGAAUAUCCCACCUAUAGUUCAGUAUAAAAAUCUAAACAUGUUCAAUACUCCCCUAGUAACUGCUGCUACUACUGAUACCAGUGUUAAUAGAUACAACACUAGAAAUCCUGUUAUUAGCAAUAAUAUUAGUGCCAAAACAAAGAAACAUGAAACAGUUUUAUGCUUGAAACGUCUUUUUACAUUUUUAUUGUCUCAUGUUGGAUUAGCUAUUUUGGUUAUUAUUUACACAUUGAUCGGUGGUUCAAUGUUCUAUACUGUUGAACGUGAUCAUGAAUCGCACAUAAAAAUGAAAAUGUCUGACAUACGCAAGAAGUUAAUUAAUGAAUUAAUGAGUGAUUGGAGAAAUGCUCAAUUGGAAGUAUUGGAGACGUUAGUGAAUUCUGUUAAUAUAAUUCACCAGUUUGAACAAACGAAAUUUGGCAGUAAACUUAAAAAUCAAAUCAAUAUAUAUGAUUCUAUUGAACGUUUAGCCAUAACAAAUAAUCAAAAUUACAGUAAAAAUAAUAGUCUGAAAGAUGAACAGAGGCAGCAUUUAGCCGGUUUAGCGUGGUAUUUAUCAAGUUUAGGCUGGCCAAAAAGAAUUUUACCUCAGUGGUGGUUUUAUCGAAACUAUACACAACUUAUGCUCUUGAAAAGUAAUGAUGGUAAUAAUAAUAUUGAUAUGAUCAAUUCUAUUCACAGGCAAUUACCAGAUGAAAUGAUGAACAGUUCAACAGAUCAAAAGUUAAGCACUACAAAUUUUUCACCAGUUGACCCUCAUACUGGUGUUAAGGACUUACCACGAACUGAUUCACGCCUGCUGCAGCCAAUCAGAACCACAACAGGUGCACCAAGAAUAACAUCUCCUAGUUACAGAAUCAACUCAAAUGUAGAAUUGAUCAACAGAAUCAACCAAAGUGUUUACUCGCAUUAUUUUGCAAUGGACAUUGUUAAUACGCUACCGAAACACUUAGUAUUGCUUACAAAACUCGAUGAUAUACUACCAAUAAUUAUCAAUAAAAGUUAUGCAUUAGAAGUAGCUCUACAACGACGAUUAAUAAAGUAUGUUGAGCAAAUUGUAAUUGCCAUAAAAGAUGAAGGAUGGAAUGGAUCAGAACACACAGAUGAUUUAAAUUGGACCUUUGAAGGUAGUAUUUUAUUUGCUGUAACUAUUAUUACAACUAUAGGCUAUGGACAUGUUACACCUCAUACAUCUUUAGGAAAAUUUCUGACAAUGAUGUAUGCAUUAUUUGGCAUACCAUUAUUUUUUUGUUACCUAUCAAACAGUGGAAACUAUAUGGCAUCAAUAUUUCAAGUAUUCUAUGUACGUAUCUGUCAACCAGCACUUGUUCAAUGUAAAAAGUGUUUUAAAAAGUGUUUUAAACAAUUAAGUCAUAAAAAGUUGAAAAAAGAAUUCAAAUUGUCACAAAACGAUAAUAUUCACAUUUGUGGAAAUAAUUCCCAAUCACCCUAUGCACCUAAAUAUGAAAGAUAUAAGCGUACACUAGGUAAUACUACUCAUAAUACUUGUAAUAGUAGUAGUAGUAGCAGUAUCACUAUCAACAGCAAUUACUUGCAUCAACCAUAUCUUAGUACGAGUACUACUAAUCCCAAUCAAAGUGAAAACUUAAAUCUUUCUGAUACUGAUCAACAGCAUAUGCUAUGGAAUGGUAAACAAUCACAAACCUCUUCAUCUAUAUUAUCUUCCAUUAAACAAGACUAUUUAAUGGAACAUGUAACAUCUACAUCACCUUAUUUAAAAACACAAUAUUGCCCACCUCAUUUACUUGAUCUAAAUGAAAUAUCUGCAUUCAAUCCUCAUUUAAGACAGUAUACACCAAUGGAAAGUUUUAAUUUAUCUAGUUACUAUUCGAAUACAGCGCAUUCAAUGCAUGAUCAGUCAUCAAAAGGAUUAAUUGCUAGUAACCUUGACUUGCCAAUAACAUCAAUGAAUUUAUUAAAAACAAGUCAACAGUUUAAACAACAAAAUGAUUUAGAUAUAUGCAAUACUUCAAUGAAUGAAUCAAAUCAAUCAUCAUUAGAAAAGUCAAAGACAGUCCCAUUAACUCUAACUAUUCUUAUGAUGACAGUUUAUAUUUUAUUAGGUGCAGCUGUAUUUUGUUUCUGGGAAUCAACAGAUUAUUUAAAAUGGUCAUAUUUUUGUUUUGUGACAUUAUCAACUAUUGGAUUUGGUGAUAUUGUACCGGGUACAAAAAUUGAUUCACAAAAUCCAAAAGAGAAAAUGAUUGCUCUAGCUUUAUAUGUAGCACUUGGUCUAUCAUUAUUUGCAAUGUGCUUCAACUUGAUGGAAGAAGAAGUAACAGCUAAAUUGAAAGGAAUAGGAAAGCGUUUGGGUGUAACUAAAUCAUCAAAGAGAAAGUCAAAAUCUUAG